CCUCUGCUGCAAUCCACCAUCUAACAAGUCCGACUCCAGCUGCACACGCUCUUUGUGCGCGGAUAAUAUGCGCUGAGGCAAGCCACAGCCUGUUACAAUGGCUCGCCAGCGUGCUGUGCCUUCGAUGCAGCGCGACGCAGCCUCGUCAACACAACAACAGCCUGAGACAAGACAAGCAUUGAAGGAGAAGACGAAUACCACGCGCUCAAGAGGCACCACCUAUGAUUUUGACGAAAACAUCGAAGAGCUGGUCAAGGAUGUGCGCCCACGUCGGGGACAGGCGAAGAGGAAUAAUGCGCCGGAGCUGAAAGAUGACUUUGUUAUGACUGGAGGGCUUGGUCUGGCAGAUGCAGAACCUGCGCGCACGACAGCCGCGCUCGCGUCUGCGACUGGAGAUGAGCUGCAGCAAAGCGAUAGUGCGCCGAUUGCCAACGCCCCGCGCAACCGGCGGCCGCCGAGAACGAUGAAGAAGGUGGUGAAGACUGCAGCGAGCAGCCAAAUUCUGCUGGACUUAAGGAAGCGCAUGGCGGCUGCUGGAGAGCCUGUCGCUACGAGCAAGCCAAGCGAGAAGCCUGGAUCAGAAUCCGACGCCCUGUCGCGACGGCGCCCUACCCUCCAACAAUCGCCCCAUCCUACUCAGCCGUCUAGACCUGUGGCAUUCUCCUCGCCCACACUACCCUCCGCAAAGCGGAAUGAAGGUCAUGGUGCGCGCUCUUCCCUCGCUCCACCUAACUCCGCUCUUCGACUGGACCCUGCACCUGCAUUCGAGACUAGUAUUCUCGCGCUGAAAAACUUCAAGCGAAGACCUCGACAGCCUAGCAUGCUGCAGAUGGUUCAGCAACGAACAGCGAGCGCGCGGCCUUCUGCUGUACAUAUUCCUGCGGAAGAUGACACCGCCGCUUACGACGUAGAGGGCAUCGAGGACGACGACGAUGAAUUCGCUCCGGAGGCCGAAGGCACACCCCUGCAUCUCCGUCUCGCCAAGACCAUCUCCGGUGCUGGGGUGGAGGGGGGGUCUGAAGGACAGCAGGCACCUCUAGCAUCCGGUGCAGCGAAGAAACGAAAGUCAAUGGAGGCUGACUUGCCUGUAACUACUGCCGACGAGUCGAGUCAUAAGCGGCAGAGAAGAAGGGGCGGAAAGCCAUCUUCCGGCGAUGGAGAGCGUCUAUCGACAACGCUGCCGGCCGAGAUACAGGUCAUAAACUCAUCGCCUUCUUCUGCAUCGCUGUCGGAUCUGCCUUUGCCCGAGCACCUUGCAGCGUCGAACCCGGAGGACGUUGUUCCCUCCACUGAGAGGGAGUUACGACGCGCGCAACGUAACGGCCCGAGCGACCACGAGCAGGAGAUUUUGAGCGCUACAAUGGCCGAACCAGCAAGUAGUUCUCCUCUUCCCGACGCAAGAGCACGCACGGAACGGGACAUCAUGGCCGAUCCCUUGACCCAGCCCUCACCACCUCGUGAACGGGGGGCGGCAAAACAGCGAGCAAAGACCAGGCCAACCACAACCGCCACGCUGCAAUCCCUACUUCCCAAACUAAGAAAACCGCUUGCGUCUAGACGUGGACCAUCAGAGUACGAUGUUGACUCUGACUCGGAGGAUGGAGAGGACGGUGCGGAAGUCCGCGCCAACGGACAUGGGGGCCGGGGGAGAGGCAGGCGACAGAUCAAAUCCAACAAUACUGCGACCUCGACACGUAAGAAGCCGGCCACAGCCUCCACCAAGACAAGUCUACGUCCUCUCGCCAAUCCGGCUACCAAAGCUCAGCCUCGCAGCACCAAGAAGGCGAACAAGACGUACGGCCGCACAGCGGCAACGACUUCGGACAAGGAGAACGAUGCAGAGGGCCAUGCGUCCUCCGUCGACAACGAUGGCGAGGCAGAUGGCGACGGCGCGGAUACAUCGGUGAGUAUGGAGGAAGCGGGGCAGAGCAGGGAGCUGGCGGAGGCAAGGCGCAAAUUCGCAGAGAUUGAUGCGUGGGACAUGGAGUUUGAGAGCAUGAGCGUGGAGGAGGGGAGGAGCUCUAGCCAGAAUUGGCGGUAGUUGUGGAUGUUUGUUCCGUGUCAGACGGCAUGACGGAGACGAUGCGUAGUAUCUGACAAUAUCAUGAAGCGUUCCCUGAGACACAGUCCUCCACUUCAUGACAUUGUCGCACAGAGCGGCCGUCUUGGCAGGCACGAGCGUGGUGCCGCGAAGCCGUGGUGGCUGCGCGCGUGCGCCUGUGCAGCCCCGACAACGUGCUUGACCGGACGGCAGGCUACGUGCCAGAAGAAGUGAUUCACUGUUGCUACGUAAGCUUCCCGCGGGCAGCCUACUUCUUUGUCACCUAGGCGAGCCAGUCAAGAUCUGUCUC